AUGGAACGUCGCGUUGGAAAUAAGUAUCGUCUUGUUCGUAAGAUCGGUAGUGGCUCCUUUGGGGAGAUCUAUUUAGGUACUAAUAUUCAAACGAACGAAGAUGUUGGAGUUAAGCUUGAAAAUGUCAGAACGAAGAAUCCUCAGUUGCUGUAUGAGUCCAAGUUGUACAGAAUACUACAAGGAGAGCCUGGGAUUCCAAAUAUUAAAUGGUUUGGAGUGGAUGGAGAAUACAAUGUUCUAGUAAUGGAUCUGCUUGGACCUAGUCUUGAAGAGAUGUUUAACUUUUGUAAUAGGAAGCUCUCGCUAAAGACAGUUCUCAUGCUUGCCGAGCAAAUGAUCAAGCGUGUUGAGUUUGUUCAUUCUAAAUCGUUUCUCCAUCGGGAUAUCAAACCAGAUAAUUUCCUCAUGGGCCUGGGAAAGCGGGAAAACCAGGUUUACUGUAUUGAUUUUGGUUUAGCAAAGAAAUAUAGAGAUAGUACAACCCAUCGACACAUUCCUUACAGGGAAAAUAAGAAUUUGACUGGAACUGCAAGAUAUGCUAGCAUGAAUACCCACCUCGGCAUUGAGCAAAGUCGAAGAGAUGAUUUAGAGUCUAUUGGUUAUGUCUUGAUGUACUUUCUGAGAGGAAGUCUCCCAUGGCAAGGACUUCAAGCAAGAACCAAGCGAGAGAAGUACGAGAAAAUCAGUGAAAAGAAGGUUUCUACUUCGAUUGAGGCCUUGUGUCAAGGUUAUCCAACAGAGUUUGCGUCAUACUUCCAUUAUUGCCGAUCAUUAAGGUUUGAUGACAGACCAGAUUAUGCUUACCUCAAAAGAAUAUUCCGCGACCUGUUUAUCCGUGAAGGAUUCCAGUCUGAUUACGUCUUUGAUUGGACUAUCUUGAAAUAUCAGCAAUCACAGCUAGUCACUCCUCCAGCACGUGGUAUUGGGCCCGGUGCCGGAACUAGUCCAGGAAUGCCUCUUGCUAUGACUAGUGCUAACCGACACACUGGAAGGGAAGAUGGGCGUCCUCCUGGUUUGAUUUCAGGAGACUCUUCAAGACGACGAGUGUCAGGACCCAUUUUAAAUUCUGUGAAUAUUUCAAAACAGAAAAAUUCAGCCCCUAGUGAUGCUGCUGUUAGCAAGGAGGUUAUGUUAUCAAAUGCCAAUGCCUUGGGUGAGUCAAGUGGGUCAUCAAGGCGAGUUGCUGAUAGUAGUAGCCGCAAUCCAUUUAGUGGUGCUGAUUCUGAUCUUCGUUCUCGUGCUACCGAAUCUAUCCGCGGAAAAGCACACAUUAGUUCAAGUGGACAAAGAGGUUCACAUAUUGGAUCGUCGGAUCCAAAUAGAGUAGCAACUUCUAAUAACGGUUCUCAUGUCAAAAAUUAUGAAACUGCAGUCAAGGGCAUGGAGGGUUUGAAAUUAAAAAAUGUCGAUUCCCAUUAA